GCGAAAGUCAACGAAAAUGAAGUACCUAUUGACCAUUGUAUCGCUGGUAAUAUGCCGGGCGUGGGCUCAGCCCCCAGCGCCCUAUCCUCCUCGUGGAUGGCGACCAAAUGGGCCUACCCUGGAGCUACCGCAGAAUGUACCAAAUGCGCAGAAUCCUCAAACAAACUUCAUGAUACCCUUGGACCCUCGCAACAAGACACCCAUCAAGCAGCAAGAGUAUCUUCCACCUCAACCAGACCAGGAAUACGGUGUUCCAGCUACACGUGACAUAGACCUGUCAGUCCAGGGCCUUCCACAACAAGAACAGGUACCAAUCUUCCAACUAUCCCCAAUAAAUGGGCAACAGUAUGUUGGACAGGAUUUCAAUCAGGAUCUUAGGAGUUUGGACCAGAAUUUGAGACAAUCGCAGGUACAAAAUCAACAAGAAAUCUACCGUCAGCUCGCAAGACAAAGACAAUUUGAAGCAGCACAAUCUAAUAACAACCUGAACGGCGUACCAGUUUUACAAUCACCAAGACAAUUCGCGAGAACCACUCCUAAACCUCAAACCACGUUCACAACUACGAAAACUGAAGAGAGAGCUACUACUGAAGUCACUACAGAACUUAAUCUUAACGAAGGCGAAACACUAGAUGACAAUACGCCAAAAAAAGUUACAGUUGAAGUCACUAAACAAAAUAUUCAAGAAUUCCAUCCGGAAUUGUAUCUCAGUCCUCUAGCGCAAAUAAGGCUACAGCCUCAAUUAGUGCCCAUUCAGUUUGGACAGCUCAGAGCAUAUCCCGAACAAAUAUCCCAGAAGCAAGUCGCAGGUUAUGAUGCUCAAACACAUUUCGCGGCUUUGUCUUCAGUUUUAGCUCAACAACAAUUGACACAACAACAAUUAGCUCAACAGCAAGUUCAAAAUCAACCUCAAACUAUUCCUGUGCAACCUCAAACAUUGCCACUACAGCCACAAUAUGUCCCACAACUUCAACGGCAAAAUCCUUAUUUGGUUCCGCAACAAGGUGUUCUUCCGCAAACCUACCAACCAAAUCAAUACGAUCAACCACAAAUGACCCCUCAGUUCCAAAUGCAACCAGUAUUUGUUCAGCAACCGACCCAGUCGGAGCAAAACGAUGACAAAGAGCAAAUUCAACCUCAAUUUGUGUAUCAAUACCAACAGCCUGAAUAUCAACAACCUCUGUAUACUUCUCCUCAAUAUCCUCAACAAUUAAUAUUGCCCAACCAGUAUUACCAACAGCAAGUGCAACAGAACCAAGGUCAGGACAAUCUGCAAAGUGGAUUAGAUGUGAAAAAGAAUGUUGAUGACGUUGACCAACCUGAGGAGAUGGAUAUGGAUGAUGGAGCCAUGGCCACUGCUGUUGCUACAUCUUUUGGAACUAGGACUCAGCCACGUGUGUACACAAGGUAUGGCGCCCCCGAGGCUGGAGUCCAGGCCAACCCUGGGUAUCAGACUACCACAGAAUCACAAGACGAGGCAGUAACUGAAGAUGGCCAAGCCAAUGCCGAGGCUACAGCUGUUGCCAGAGGAAAUAGGAGAAAGAGUGCUAAACUCAGAAAUCGUCGACUACGUCCAAUUUUUACGUUGGACAAAUCGGGACAUCUAGUGCUGGCGCAGGAGCAAUAAAUCAGACAGCAGACUAUGACAGACCGA